AUGGAGAAGACAUCCAUUUCGCACACAGAACGACAUUUCGCUCCCGAGUCAGGGCUGCGCAACUUCUCGUUCCUCUCGAGUCUGGGUCUGGCGUUCACCUUGCUGAACAGCUGGACGGCAAUGUCCGGGUCGCUGGGCCUCGUCCUGCCAUCCGGAGGAAGCAUCUCGAUGAUCUGGGGCCUCCUGACCUCCGCAGUUGGCACGCUGCUAAUGGUCCUGUCGCUGGCCGAGAUCUGUCACGCCUUCCCCAUGAGUGGAGGCCAGUACGACUGGGCUUACAUUCUCGCGCCGCGGCGAUACAAGGUCGGGCUGUCGUUCUUCACAGGGUGGAUGGCGACGGCCGGCUGGAUUGCGCUCUCCGCCACGGCUGCGAGCCUUGGAGCCUCCCUCAUCACGGGCAUCAUCACGCUGUGGCAUCCGACAUACGUGGCCCAGCCGUGGCACCAGUUUCUGCUGUAUGUCGGGAUCGUGGCGCAGGCCUUCUUCCUCAACGUGUUCAGCGUGCGCGCGCUCCCGCACAUCGACCGCCUCGCCGGCCUGUGGAGCAUGUGCGGCAUCGUCACAGUCGUAGUCGUAUGCCUGGCCUGCGCGCGGGGCAGGUACCAGCCGCCAGGAGAAGUGUUCGCGCAGUGGACGAACGAGACGGGCUGGCCGGACGGCAUGGCGUUCAUCCUCGGCCUCCUGCAGUCUGUCUUCGGGCUGACGGGAUUCGACGCGGCAACGCACAUGAUCGAAGAAAUGCCCAAGCCCGCAAUUAACGCACCACGCGUCAUGGUCAGCGCCGUCCUCAUGGGAGCCGCCACUAGCUGGGUAUUCAUGGUCGUGCUCCUGUUCUGCCUCAGCAGUUUUACCGAGGUCCUCGAGGCGACGGCGACUGGCCCCCUCCUCAUGAUCUACUACCAGGCGACGCGGAGCAAGGUGGGCGCCACGUGCCUCAUCAUGUUCAACCUCAUGGCGUUUGUGUUCGUGCAGCAGGUGCUCAUUACGAUCUCGAGCCGUAUGCUGCUCGCUAUCGCGCGUGACCGUGGCAUGGGGCACCUCUCCCGCUUCCUCGCACCUGUGCACCCGCACCUGAAAGUGCCUGUGCAGAGCAUCUGCUUCUGCACGUUCUGGGUCGUUGUGUUUGGUCUAAUUAACCUUGGCUCGUCCAUCGCGAGCAACGCCAUCUUGUCAUCUUCGGUUGUGCUUCUCCAAAUUUCGUACUUUGUUCCCAUCCUGUUAAUUUUCAUCCGGGGACAGCCUGCGCUCGAGGGGUACAACCACAGUGCACGCUGGUCCUUGGGCAAGCUUCGCCGUCCCAUCGCCCUUGGUGCGCUCAUCUUCCUCUUUGUCACGUCAAUCACUUUCAUGUUCCCGCCAGCCAUCCCGGUGCCGACGGGAAGCAAGAUGAACUGGGUUGUGCUCGUAGUCGGCAUCGUGUGGAUCAUGUGCGCCGCGACUUGGUUCAUUGACGCACGAAAGAUGUUUGAGGGUCCUAGCGAGUUGGAAGAGCGUCUGGCAAUCUCCCACUCUUCGUAG